AUGAACAAUACCGACCCAACCCACCGCAAAGCCAUAAUCGGCAACCCCAAUGCCUCCUUCUGGCUCUACGACUCAUCCACAGGCUUCGAUCUCACUCACCGUCCCACCCCUACCUCACCAACUCCAACACCAACCUACACAAUCCUAACAACCACGAUCCCCAUCACCAUCUCCCCCUCCAAAUCCGCCCUCGUGAUCAUCGACAUGCAGAACUUCUUCCUAUCCCCUCAUCUCGGCCGACCCAGCGAUUCCAAAGGCCUCCUCGCCCAACGACAGCUCCUCGACCACGCCAUCCCGGCCGCCCGCAAGGCCGGCAUCCGCAUCAUCUGGCUGAACUGGGGCUUGACCAACGAAGAAAUCGCCACCAUGCCACCCGCCACCCUUCGCGCUUUUGGCUUUGAAACUGUCCUUGCCGGUGACUUCCCAUCAUAUGCGACUAUCGACGCGAAGCAAGCAGCUAUCGACUCUCACGGCGUCAACGAGGGCUGUGACAAGCUUAGCAACACUCAAAUCGAGACAUCGGGCAAAAACCCCCGCAUCUACAAAGGCCUUGGGACCGAGAUCGGGCAUGUCGAAUUGGACGACGGGUCUACUGUGCCCGGUGGUAGACUUCUCAUGCGCGACACUUGGAACGCCGACCUGACGCCGUCCUUAAAGAGGGCAUACGAAGAAGGCAAGACAGCCAGUCCACCGGACAUCUGGAUCCACAAAAACCGCAUGUCAGGCCUGUGGGGCGCAAGUACAGCAUGCACGGAAUUUCUAGACCAAGAAGGCAUAAAGACGCUAUUCUUCGCCGGGGUCAACACCGACCAGUGCGUUGGUGGCAGUCUGCAAGAUGCAUUCACGAAAGGAUACGAUGUGAUUCUCCUAUCCGAUGGCGCCGGCACGACGAGUCCGUCGAGUAGUCAGGAGAGCAUUGAAUUCAAUUGCGCGAAGACUUGGGGCUUUUGCACGACGUGCAAGAGUUUUGCUGAGGGAGUGGGAUCAUAA